AUGCAUCAAUACCAUCCCAUCCGGGACUUUUACCGGACAGCAGUCGAGCAGUAUGCGGCGAUGCGGAGCGCCAUCGGCCCCCUGCGCCUGAGCAAGACAGAGCUCUUGGGCCUUGUUCUGCGCAAGACAUGGCACGACUUUGCGCUGCUUCUCUCGGACCUGAGGGACGGCGGCUGGCGGUCUGUGCCUCUCGUUACGCUCCUCCUGGGCGCCGUGCUCGUCUUGGGCAUCGUCGCCGCCAGACCCAAACCCGCACCGCCGUCUCCCCGGCAACUGGGCCUCCCCGUCCUCAAAGUCCCCAAAGGCAUGCACAGGUGGGACUACCAGCGGCUGCUGCGGGAGGGCGCGCGGCAGCACCCCGGGACGCCAUACGUCAUCACGUACUCGGGGUACGAGUACACCGUGUUCCCGUCCAGCUGCUUCGACGAGGUCAAGCGGCUGCCGGUGGUGGCGGCGUCCAUGGUCGAGUGGUACACGCACGUCUUCUUCCAGGGCUGGCGCUUUCUGGGCACCGACAAGAGCGCCGUGCACAAGACCAUCGGCCUGGACCUAACGCGCGCCGUGCCGUCGCUGGCCGCCGCGCGCCGCGCCCACGCCGAGGCCGCGUUCGCCGCCGUGUUGGGGUCUCUCGGAACCGGAACCGGCUGGCAUGCGUUCCCGCUGUACUCGACCGUGCAGGAGGUUGUGGCCAGGACCAACGCGGCCAGCUUGCUGGGGCCGGAGCUUGCGGCGGAUCGUCGCUGGCUCGACGCGUCGCAGCGCUUCCCCAUGGCCGUCAUGGUGGCCGUGUUCGUGUGCCACGCCGUGCCGCGCCUGCUGCGCCCCGUGGUGUCGCUGCUGGCGUUUGUGCCGGCGUGGGGCCUGUACUGGUACAUGCGCAUGUUGCUGCGGCCCACGGUCGAGCGGGACCUGCGCGCGCAGCGUGGAGAGGCGGAGGGCAACACAGGCCCUAACCAGAAACCGCCAGAAAGCAAGUUCCCCGUUACAUCAUGGCUGACGGCGCGGUACCAAGGCGAGCGGGGAGGGAAAGAGCAGGGCGACGGCGCGCUGCUGAUGAGCCAGAUCCUGCACGACUACGUCGUCAUCGCCUUCGAGUCGACGGCGUCGACGGCCGCCACCGUCUACUUCAUCCUGGCCGAGCUCGUCAGCCGGCCCGAGCUGGUGCAGGAGCUGCGAGACGAGAUCGCCCAGGCCGCGGACCUCGACGAGCUGCGCAAGCUCGACAGCGUCAUGCGCGAGUCGUCGCGAGUCAACAUUUUCAACUACCUAACGCUCUUCCGCCGGCUGCAGCAGCCGGUGCAGCUGUCGCUGGGCCCGACGCUGCCGCGGGGGUCGCUGAUCUGCGUCGACGCGCAGCACAUCACGACGUCGGCGGCGCUGUGGGGGGAGCAGCCCGAGCAGUUCGACGGGCUGCGCUUCUUCCGGCUCCGCCAGCAGCCGGGCCACGAGGCGCUGCACCAGUUCACGAGCCUGGGGUCUGACGCGCCCGGCUGGGGCGGCGGCGCCCAGGCCUGUCCCGGCCGCGUCUUCGCCGCCAACACCAUCAAGACGGUCCUCGCCCACCUGCUGGUGCACUACGACGUUGCGCUACCGCCGGGCGACGGCAAGCCCAAGCGCAACUCGAUGCCCAACGGCACCAUGGCGCCCGACAUGAACGCGCGCAUCAUGCUCCGGAAGCGCGGUGGUGGCAGCUGA